UGUGGGGGAAGCUGAUGGGCGGGAUUAAGAAGAUUUGGAGGAAAUAUGUUUCUUCGCCCCGAACUGCCAAUUCCACCAACGGUCCAGCCUCAAAUUCUUGCCAUCAGCAGCAACCCUCAUCUCAAGGGCUUCGUAAGGGCGAAGCACCAGGCCUAAGGGUGCGCAGAUAUGCCCUUCAAUUAGCCAAAGACAAAAGCACUACUUUCGCCCAAAAUGUAGACCAUUUCAUUGCUUGCACAAGGGAUGGAAGGGAAAGACAACCUCAUGUGGUCAUGAGGAACAUGAGGCAGUUCAUGUCAGGUAUGAAAAACUAUCUGCUAAAACACGGUGAACGUGGUUUUGAGAGGGAAGUACAAUUGGCUCGUGCCAGGUUACGUGGAGACGAGUUUUUGAAUUUGGACGCACUUUUGGAGUCAGUCAUGCAAAAAUUGGUGGCAGUUCCUUUGAGAGAACACUUGUAUGCACUCUUUGUAGAGUGGUGUGCGACCAGAGGCGAUAUCGAACUUAUGGCUGAAAAUAUCAAGUUGGCUGCCGAAUACGAACCUAGGGAACUUGGACUUAGGGCUUGUGUGAGUCCUCCAAAUGGUGCUUCGAUGAGUGCAAUUGCUGAUCAAUUGACUUUGCUCCAGGAAGCAGAAUCGCCUUUGGACAAACUCGAUAAAUUAUUGAGGGCAGUUGCUUUGGUUUUUGAAGGAACUGGCGGGAUAAAAGUGGUCUCCGCCGACGACUUCCUACCCCUCCUGAUCCUGGUCAUAGCCCGCUGCGGAAUGGUCGGAGCAGAAAUCGAGUCCGAGAUAAUGUGGGGCCUGCUCCAGCCCAGUCUCCUAUCCGGUGAAGCAGGCUACUACCUCACUGCUCUCUCGAGUGCCGUGCACGUCUUGAAGAGCCUCGGAGCAGGCUGCAAGGACGCCACUGCCGCCUCCUCCAAUUGCUUCGUGGCAGCUUCGAAUAAUGGAAUCAAUGGAGCAUGCGAAUCUGAAGUGAGUUAA